UCCAUUUACAGGUUCUGUACAGUUAGUGUGUGUGUGUGUGUGUGUUGUAGGAGUGUGUUGUUGGAGUGUGUUGGUGUGUUGGUGUGUUGGUGUGUGUUCAGGUUCAGUUUGGAUAUGGAAGGUUUUGCAGCAGUGUUUAUUUUAUCGUUGCUGAUUGGAGCCUUAAUUAUAUUAGUAGCUUUAGCUGUUAGCAAACAGAAAGAUAAACAACAUGAACAAGUCCAACAGGACCAACCCGCAGCAAGUGAGAGUUUGGUGAAAUCCGGUCCGUCUAAGAAGCAGCUGAAGCAGCAGCAGCGGCCCAAGAAAGACAAACCACAGCAGCACACGUUCAGCCAUCAGCUGCUCGCUUCAUCUCUAAAGAGUCACAAUGGGAAUAUAACCUGCCUGGAUUUCAGCAGUAAUGGAAAAUAUUUGGCCUCGUGUGCUGACGACCGAACCGUGAGAAUCUGGAGCACCAAAGAUUUUCUGGAUCGAGAUCAUAAAUGUCUGCGCGCCAACGUGGAGUUUGACCAUGCCACGCUCGUCCGCUUCAGUCCCGACUCUCGCGCUUUUAUCACAUGGCUGGCGAACGGAGAGACGAUACGAAUAUUCAAGAUGACUAAGAAAGACGACGGGACCUUCAUUUUCAAAGCCGCUCCGGAGGACUUUCCCCAAAAACACAAAGGAAUCGUCAUCAACAUCGCCAUAGCAGAGACAGGAAAGUUUAUAAUGACGGCGUCGGUCGACACCACCAUACUGAUCUGGGAUCUGAAAGGAGAAGUUUUAGCUUCAAUUAACACCAACCAGAUGACCAACUCGUACACGGCGGUUUCACCCUGUGGCAGGUUUGUAGCAUCGUGUGGUUUCACUCCGGAUGUGAAAGUGUGGGAGGUGUGUUUCACUAAAUGCGGAGAGUUUAAAGAGGUCACUCGUGCCUUCGACCUGAAAGGACAUAAGGCUGGAGUUUAUCACUUCGACUUCUCCAACGACUCACGCAGGAUGGUGUCGGUAUCUAAAGACGGCACGUGGAAGCUUUGGGACACCGAUGUGGAGUACAAGAAGCAGCAGGACCCGUACCUGCUCCGGACUGUACCCUGUCAGGUUUCAGAGGGGAGUCGUGUCGCCCUGUCUCCGGACGGACGCGCCGUGGCGGUUUCUAACGGCAGAGACAUUUACAUGUACAGCGCGAACACGGGCGAGCUAGAGCAGGAGUUUCACAACGUUCACAGUGAGGACAUCACCGACCUCAGAUUCGAUAUCAAUAACCGGUUUCUGGUGAGCACCGGCGACCGAGCCAUCCGGGUCUUCCACAACGUGACGGGUUACCGUGCCGCCAUCGAGGACAUGGAGGCCAUGCUGAAGAAGAGCACCAACAAUGGUGUGAAGCAGAGGCUGCAGCAGCAGAUCACCGACGCCCAGAAAGCUCUAGAUUCUGUCCUCAAUACACAAAAAAGCUGAGUGUUUGAGAUGAAGGGUUUUUUUUAAGUUGUUGAGUGAUUUUGGCAUGUUGGUUUUAAUAAAUAAAUCAAUAGUGUUCUUAA